AUGGCCGCUGUUCAGCAUAUCGGCUCUUUUUACACGAGUAAACCUGUCAUUGGAAUCGAAGAUUCUCUAUUGGGGCAGAACGAACAGAUAGAUGGAUUCACCGUGCAAACAACCCUGCUGACAGCAUUGGCAAAGAGCAUGUGCGCGGAGCAGGACCUUGCCGAUGAACUACUAUCAAAGGCAAUGCACCAAGCAAGCCUCAUUGGCAUGGACACCAAAAUACUUGCAGGCUUUAUUUCCGAAAGCGAUCCAGUACUCGCAGAAAGUUGGAGACGCACAAUGUGGAUGUUAUAUGUGAGCGACGCAAACUUUGCUGUUAUCCGACAGGACUAUACGUUGAGGCUGAAGGACAUGAGCUUUGACGUGGAUCUACCAUGCGAAGAUAAGGAGUACAAUGAAAUGCUUAUUCCGCAAACAAGAACGACAUUUGCAGAGUAUCAUAACCGCGAGUACGACAUGCAAGAAAAGCAGUUUUCUUCGUUUGCAUAUUACAUCGAUGCAAGUGUAAUAUUUGCUACCACACUGCACGCAUCGCUCAAGUUCAAGACAACAUCCAAAGCAGAGAUGCUCUGUGAUAAUCUUGAGGCCAAGAUCGCUGGCUGGUUUGCCAUGUUACCGCCAAGUAAACGAGACCUCGAUGUUCGGCCUGCCUUCCUGGAUCAACUCAUUUUACAAUCACACAUGAUGAUGUACACGCCCUUUUCCACCCUUCGAUAUGACCCUAUUGAAGGAAUUUCUACGUGCGGGUCGCCCCCCCCUCCGCUGCUCCUGGGACUCAGCAGUGGAGGCGGGCUGAAUCGCCAGUCGCAUCUGCAAAAGCUCUUACAGGCUAUCCGCAAGCAGAACCAGUGCCUUAUCAUCUUACCCCUCGGCUCCGCCCAGCUAUCGCCUUUCGUCAUCUGCAUGGUUGCCUGCUGCACCAUUGCUCAUCUCGUAGCUUGCAAGUCGGCACUACCAGAGGAUGAAGCCGAAGUAGCCCGAUCCCGGAUCCGCGUUUGCCUUGGCACGCUCAGGCAUUAUGAGGAUAUAUGGCCAAGGGCCAAGAAGAUAUUAUUGGAACUCAAGAGAAUCGCCAAUUCCAUUCUUCAGACUGAGACGGCGACCUUGCAUUAUCAGCCCGCCUAUACUGAAGUCUCUGCAAAUCAUCAAGACACCACCCUUGGGGAUUUAUUUGAAGAGGAAUGGCUUGACGCCCUGAGGGACUUGACAUGAGGAAUGAAAGUGGAUGACGUGAUGUAUUAUAGAGCGUGAAACGAAGCUGAAAG